AUGGUCCUCGAAUCUCUUGGAGCUACCGGCCAUAACGCAAUGGUUAGAGGAAGAACCCCACACCCCGCCUCGACAAAAUACCAUGACGAUGACCUACCCCCAGCAAAGAGGCUGAAGACUUCAGAAAGCACAAAUAGGGAAAACUCCAAAUCUGAGAACGAAAGAAUUCUUCAGGGCCCGGGGCUUCAAAAACAUGAGAUUCCAGAAUCGGAAGAUGAUGAUGAUGGAUCUGGAGGCGAAGAGCCAUCACGUCCUCAACGGCCUACCGAGUUGGAAAGUGUGUUGCCCCCGGUAAAGACAGACAAGGGUGCGAUUGAUGAGUAUGAGGCAAUGCGAGCCGCUGAAGAAGUUCCGCAAGACCUGAAGUCUCGGAUUACCCAGAGAAGUUGGGUGCAGGGCAAGAGUUCGAUAUAUGUCGACGCCUUCAACUUGGCUCUCGAGACUGUACUUGAUGACGAGUCACAUCUUUUUGACGAAAAAGAGAUGGAGGUAUUCAGACAGUGGAGAGAGCUUAGAUAUGAGGCCCAAUACCUAUACGUUCGUCUUUUUCUGAGGAAGACUUCAGCAUGGCAUCGCAUAAAAAAGCUUGGAUACCAUGGUGAUAUUGCAGACCUUCAAGAAGCUGUCAAUAUCCUGCAGUCCGUUCGAGCUCUACCAGAAUCGUCAGCAGCACCUCAAGAGAACCCUGCUGAAGUUGCGCCUCCAAAAGGUACUCUCUUGGACUCGAGCUUUAGUUUCGCCGAUUCUUCUGACGGCUUAAUCACCACACUGGAAGAGGCUUCGUCCCUAUUGAAUCUGGAAGAAAUCAAAGUUCUCGCAAAAGAAGCCAAGGUUCAAGGGAAGAACAAGGCGGGAUUGCUGAAGUCUCUUCUCCAGAUGAGCGAACGUCAACGCGGUCUAGGAUGGGUUGGAUUAAAGAGAUCCGACAGUCAGCAUAGCGUUGCCUCGGAGUCUGGGAACGACGAUGAUAGCGACUCGAUGUUGGAUAUAAACAGAGACAGCCACUUUCUACGGAAGAUUAUGUCUACUACAGGCCCCUGUGUAAGGCUAUCACUUCCGACCUUGAAGCUCUUUGAACGAGUCCACCUAGUAUUCUAUCGCUCCACGGAAUGGACAGACAAGUCUUUGACAACCAUCAUUCUAGCUAGAAUAUCGCGUCGGAAUUUCCCAGAUUACAUAGUCUCCCGGUCCCAGAACAUUUUCGCCUCCAGAUCCGAUCUUUUGGAAUUCGAGGCCUCUCUCAGAACUCAAUUCCGUGUGGACAACAUCCUCGAGCUUAAUGGAAAUCCGUCGAAAGGAGCCCUGGAAGAGGUACUUUCCAUUUUCGACGAGGUCUAUCCUCGCUGGAAGGUUCUCCUGAAAGAGGAACAACGGAAGGAAGAUCGUAUUUAUGAAAGUGGCGAGGGAGCUUAUUUGCGUCGCUUCUCGCCAGCCUGGGUAUAUACACGCAUCGUCCACAAAGGGACCUAUGCGUUGGGACGCUUCAAGAUGCAUGAGCGGGAGCACGAGGUCACUUCAGAUCUCCUAAAUCAACAUCUAUUCCAUGCCGCUAGGCGAGGAGCCUGGUACCAACGAAAGGCUCUCUUAGAAGAGCACUACAUGCAUAGCCUUCAACCUCCGCCGGGUAUAUCUGAUUUGGAGCAGCAAAAAAAGUACUGGAAGAAGAUCUCACUCCGAACAUGCGAGGCUGGUCUUCAAGAUAAAGACUGCCACAUGAUCUACCACUACGAUUUGCAGAAGCGAAUACGCAAACUUGAAAAGAAUCUCAAGAUCCCGAAGCGAGAACAGCAUGACUUUGGUCACGUCUUGCUCUCUAAACCCGUGGAAGUGAUUGUUGAAGGCACACAGAUCAAGAAGGAAUACCCGCCUAGCAAGAGACGAGCAAGUGCGACAGGGGACGAGAAACAACGAAGCACGAAAACGACAUGGGUCGAUGAAGCCGAAGGUGGAGGCGAGUGCAGUGUGGAAGCGAUGUGCCUGUCUGACUACCGCUCAAGAGGAUUUAAAGGAUAUCAUGCCGAAGGCGGUAUUGUACGGACAUUGUUUGCAUAUCUUUUCUACGAUGUAAUAUUUGUCUACGUUCCGAACGUCUUCCAAACUGCAUACCAGACUUGCCCCUUGGACCUCCAUACCGAUGCAUUCUUUCCGGCUCGGGCAUCGGAAAUCAAUCACCGACUUGUGGAAAUCGAGAAUGGCUCCGCAGCAGACAUCAUCCGAGCUGUCGAUGCUCGAGAGCGCGAGAAACGGACCUGCGUCAUCGGUCUGAACUGGGAUUUCGAGCUGCAGGAUCUACUCGAGAUAGUCAGCUGCUUCGAUGGACAUGCGUUGGCCAUUAUAUGUAAGGUCAUGGCGCAGGAGUAUCGAGUCAGAGGCGGUGGAAUGCCGGACUUGUUUCUGUGGGAUGUGAAGGAGAAGAAAGUGAUGUUUUCGGAGGUCAAGAGUGAGAACGAUCGGCUGAGCGAUACCCAGAGAUUAUGGAUUCAUGUUUUGACUGGAGCGGGACUCAGAGUAGAGCUUUGUAAUGCCGUGGCCAAGGAGGUCAAGAUUAUAUCUAUUGACUAG